CAGACAGGAACUUCGAAUCAUGGACGUACUGGGACGGAUAUGAAUUAUUUUCUAACUUAAUUGUUAAAAACAUUUCCUUGAAAUCGUUCAGUCGUACAUAUCCACAAUCAACUGCCGGUCAACCUGUCCAACUGAGAUUCGAUGUAGAUUCAGGUGUGUUUUAUUAUGCUUUUGUACCAACACAGAAGAAUUGUACAAAUGUGAACUCAACAUUGUUAGUUGCAGAAAUUUUUGUUCCAAUGUCGAUUCAUUAUCCACAUGGAGUGAAGACUCGUUUCAUCCCAGAACAAUUAUCUUAUAAAGUGUAUGAAAAUAAUACUAAUUUAAUAUUUGUGUAUAUGCCAUGUACUUUGAUCAAGACGAAUAUUGAACUUAUAGAAAUAACGAUCAUACCAAACCAAAAUUAA